CUCAAACCCAGAAUGGCCGAAGUGAAAAGGCUGUUCGCCCAACGUAGCCACGUUGAGGCAAGAAUUAAGAAGCUCCAAGAACGAAUUAGUGAAGAAAGUGGUAUCGUCCAACCGAGUUUGGCACGAUUGAAAACCUACGAAAGUGAACUCCAGUGCUACUAUCGUGAAUACCAGAGAGUGUACGGUGAACUUUUGUGUGCACUCCCAGCCGAAAGAUUCGAAGAGCUAGAUGAGGAUUACUGGCGCUUCGAAGACAUCCACGUCGAAGCUUGCGUUCUGGUGGAAACUCUUUUGAUUUCCUGCCCGACCACCAGUGACAAUGGUUUCAACAAGCGAAGGUCGCCAUCCAGCUACUCCCUGGCGACCACUACACGCUGGCUCAGCCCUCCUACUCGAAGAAGCCAGUCACCGAGUCCAACGACGGAACAGCCCGUUCCGAAUCCUGACGUGAUGGAGUGGCCACGCACGUCUUUGCCGAAAGAGAAAGAGGUGAGUACGAGUGUUUCCAAUCCAAUCCAGACCGAGAAGCCGCAACGCGGCGAGGAUUCCAAGAAGAAGACGCCUUUGCGUGGACCGGCCGAGGUCCCAUCCGAGAGUGAUUUCGUCGAGGUCACUAUUCCUGAGUCGGCAGCCCCGCCGGCCGAAGAAGCAGCCAAGUGUGAAGAAAAGGUGACAACCGUUGCCUUCGAGAGUCCAAUGUGUAAGUGCGAGAAUCCUUCGACGAGCCAGGAGGAUUUCCUUGUCGGCAACGAGCCAGCCAAGUUUGUCGACAUUCCAUCUGAAGAUCCAAAGACAUUGACGUCACGCAAAGCGCCUUCGGGAACCAACCCGGUGGCGAACCCGUUCCGAAUCCCAUUCGAUCCGCCUGGAGUUCAUCCAAUGCUGUCAACGAUGCCUACCGGUUUCCAUCCGGUGCUAAAGCCGUUCCGACCACCACCAGGAUUCCAUCCCAAGCCCAUGCGGAUCCCGAAGCCAACCGGAUUGCCUCCGGUGUUCCAGAGUCCGACCGGAUCCCUUCCGGUACCACAGCCGCCCCAGUGCAAGGCCGGUUCCCUUCUGGCAAACCAGCAGCAACGGACUCCGACCGGUCUCCUUCCGGUAUCCCGACAGUUGCUGUCCGUGACCGAAUCCAGUUCGGAAGCCCCAUCACUCCAGUGUAAGGCCGGUUCCCUUCCGGCAUUCCAACCGAAACAGAAUCCGACCGGUGUCCUUCCGGUAUCCCAGCCGUUCCAGACUACGACCGGUUCCUAUCCGGUACUCCAACAGUUCCAACGCGUGACCGGACCCCAUUCGGCAACCAAUCCGAUAAGGUCUACCGGAGCCAGUCCGGUGGUCGGUUCCGCCCUGAUGCCCGUCGCAACCCGUUCGGCGGCCAAGACGACCAAGCAUUCUACCGGUCCCCGUCCGGUGAAUAACUCCGAUAUGAUGUUCGUCGGUUCCAGUCCGACGGUCAAACCAACCAAGAUGCCCAUCGGUGCCCGUCCGAUGGUCAAGUCCAACAAGAUGCCUGCCGGUUCCUGUCCGGUGAACGAGCCCCUCCUGAUGUCCGCUGGUGCCAGUCCAGUGGGCAAGCCUAGCCUGCGUCCAUCGUCUAUCGGUACCAGUCCGGUAGUCAAUCCAACCGUCGAUACCCGUUCGGCGGUCAAGAAGUCCAAGAUGUCCAUCGGUGCCCGUCCGAUGGUCAAGUCCAACGAGAUGCCUGCCGGUUCCCGUCCGGUGGUCAAUUCCAUCCAGGUGUCUGCCGGUUCCUGUCCGGUGGAAAAGCCACUCCUGAUGUCCGCUGGUGCCAGUCCAGUGGGCAAGCCUAGCCUGCGUCCAUCAUCUAUCGGUACCAGUCCGGUAGUCAAGACAACCGUCGAUACUCGUUCGGCGGCCAAGAAAUCCAAGAUGUCUGCCGGCACCCGUCCAGUGGUGAAGUUGCACGAGAUACCUGCCGGUUCCCGUCCGGGGGUCGAAGCCAACCUGAUGCCCAUCGGUUCCUGUCCGAUGGUCAAGUCCUGUCAGAUGUCUGCCGGUUCCCGUCCGGUGGAUAAACCACUCAUGAUGUCCGCUGGUGCCAGUCCAGUUGCCAAGCCGAUCCUGCGCCCAACGUCUAUCGGUACCAGCCCGGUAGUCAAGCCAACCGUCGAUACCCGUUCGGCGGCCAAGACGCCCAAGAUGUUUGCCGGUCCUCCUCCGGUAGCCACGCCGAUCCCGAUGUCCACUGGAACCAGUCCGGUAGGCAAUUGCGCUCCGAUGUCCGUCGGUCCCCGUCCGACGCUCAAACCGAAUCCGAUGUCCGCUGGAAGCAGUCCAGUAGACAGUUCCGCCCUCAAGUCCGCCGGUUCUUAUCCGGCAACCGAACCGAAGUUGAUGCCCAUCGGUGUCCGUCCGAUGAUCAAGUCCGAUCCGAUGUCCGUCGGUUCCAGUCCGAUGGUCAAGCUAGUUCCGCGGUCUGCUGGAACCUGUCCAGUAGACAAUUCCACCCUCCAGUCCGCCGGUUCCUGUCCGGCAACCAAAACGAAGCUGAUGCCCAUCGGUGCCCGUCCGGUGGUCAAGUCCGCACAGAUGUCCGCCGGUUCCUGUCCGGUGGUCAAGCCACUUCCUGAACACGCUGGUACCAGUCCAGUACAAAAACGAAUCCUGACGUCUGCCGGUGCCCGACCGGUGACGAAGUCCAUCAUGAUAGCCAUCAGUACCAGUUCAGUGGUCAAGCUGUCCUCGAAGUCCGUCGGUACCUGCCCGAUUGUCAAGACGUUCCUGAAGCCCGUCGGCACCAGUCCGAUGAUCAAGCCCAAGCCGUUUCCGAAGUCCACUGUUACUAGUCUAGUGGUGAAGCCAAUCGAGACGUCCGCCGGUAGCAGUCCGGCAGUCAAGCCCUUCGUAGUGUCAGCCGGUCUCUACCCGGUAACCAAGCCAUUGUUGAUGUUCGCUGGAAGCCGUCCAGUGGACAAACCCGUCCCGAAGCCUGCCGAAACCCGUCCGGUGACCAACUCAAGCCUGACGUCAACCGGCACUCCUACAGAGAACCCGUCGGUUCUCCUUCCUGUUAUGUCUGCCGGCAUCCAGCGAAUUGAAAAGCCCAUUCCGAAGAUUGAGAUGUGUCUAACCAGAAAGCGAAGCCCACCGACAGUCGGAAUCCUUCCGGCACUUAAGCGAAACAAGAGCCUAGAAGAACGAGUCCCAAGCCCGAAGAUAGCCGGAACCAGUUCGGUAGUGAGAGAACCUCCCGAGAAGAAGCAGUGGGUCGUGGUGUUGUCGGAGAUGAGCCAAACACCACUGGAUCCGCCACCGGUCGACCAGACUGGUGAAUGCAAGCAACUCCAUUCCGACCCAAGGCCGAGGAAGCCUCCCGAUGAACCAUCCAAGCGAUCCCGACCCAGCGAAGCCAUCCCAGAGCGCGUGUCCCGAGCGCGUCCGCCAAACGACCCGAAGGAAGCCAAGCAAGACGCCGCAGGUGAGCAAACAUUCGAUCUGUGGUGUGUGAAUCCCUAUCCUUGUUUCAUGUGGUUCUCCCAGUCCUCCAUUGAAGACCCCCAACAAAAUCAACAAAGUUCCCUUUUCUCCCUCGUCAUUGAGUUGUCAUUCCGAACCUAUGUUGAGUUCCUGUCCUUAUUGUUGAUUAUUCCUGCCUAACCCUGAAUGAAAAUCCAUCGAAUAAGAAAGAUCCCUUGAAGUUUGUAAUCCUUGAACCCCUAAUAACACCUAGAACCCGUACCAUAAUCUGAAACCUGAUUGCCUUGUGAUUUCCUGUUCCUCCGGAGAUGAAGACCCUGCUAAGAAUCCAAGUAACUCCCCCUGACUGAAUUUUGCCUUCCAAAGUGCUAUGAUGCGCUCCACUGUGUGCCAAGUAAACCCAAUCCAAAUAAGUCUGAAACCUCUAUCUUAUAAGUCAAAGAAUCCUGCCAAGCGUCCUAAGUUUCCUAUUUUGAGUCCUGUCAUAAUGCCUUUCCUCAGGUACCUUUGCUGAAUCGAGCCAGUUUGCCAACCCUUGAAUGUUGAUAGAUGGUCCUCCAAGCUCCUAGACAUACAAAUACAGUCCACAAGAAAAAAUGAAUUAUUCUCCACCAGAAUAUGAAUUCCGUUCCUACACUUUGGGGUCCACAGAAUAAGUUCCCACACCUUGACGUUUCCUCCUUACCUAAAGAUAUGAAGUAAUGUAUCCUAAACUAAUGAAGAAAAUUUGUUCUAUCAAGCUCACUGCCUUCCCUAAGAAUCAAGUACAUGCCCAGUUUGAAGUCUCCAAGUCCUCCUAAGAGGUUUCCCUAACUUAUUGCAGUGUUUCCGCCUAAAGUUUGUCCUAAGAACCCUCGUUAAAGAAUAGUCCUCCCAAAAAAAUCACUUGAAAAUUCCUUGCCUCCUUUGAAGAUACCCGUAAGUCAUGCUCUUGAAAGUUGUCAUUGUUUCCUCCUGAUUGUUAGUCCUCCAAAGAUAAGUUGCCUCCCUGAUCAAGCCAUCCUAGCAAGUUCCACCUUUUCCGGCCCGGGAGUAUGUUCGCUCCCAACGCGAAGAUCCAUCCUGAUUUGACCCCCUUUCCCCGUACAACUAACCUCGAGUCGCCGCGAGUAUUUUACGGCUCCAAUCCCAACUAACAAUCACCCAAUUUACCCUCACACACACCACAUCGUUUGUUUGCCUCUCACACCGACCGAGCGACAACGUGAACGAGCAAGGAUCGACCCACCGACCAUGCAUGUGUUGCGUGUCCUUAUGUACCAGCCGCCGACGACGCCCGAACCAUCGCACCAUCGCCUAUGUGCAUGGAAGAUUCCAUCAUAGCCACAGCGCAGCGCAUGCAGUUUUUUCUACCUCCUUUUCCUUGGAAGAUUGCGUGCGCAGUGCAGAGAAAAUAGUCUUCAUUCAACCACAGAACUGUACACACCGAAGAGAAGAAAUAUAGCUAGUUAAGUAGUUUUAGUGUACAACCGUCUUUUACUCCCCAGUGGAAGCCACAGCCUUUCCGAAGGCUAAGUUCCCUUCCUUCCCAUCGAGCUACCGGUCCUAUGCUGUUCCUCCGACGGAACACCCAUUAAUAGAUGUAUAUUCACGAGUUCUAAGAUCUAACAGAGUUCCAACAUCCUAGUUUCAACAACCAUUAAAAUGUCGAGAUUUGAAAUUGAAAAAGGUACCCGGGUACCCUGCCGGCCACAUAAGUGUUAAGGAAAAGGGGACAACCGUACCAACCGUUUCGUUAUCAGGGGAUUAAGGUUUGUAUACUGAAUCGUUGGGAUUGUUGUAGCUAAGUAGGUUAAUAUGCACUCCAUUGAUUUGCCCACUCAUGGGAUAAAACACAGGUAUUUAAUCAUUGUGUCCGGGCUCGAAAGCCUUCCGGCUUCCAGCGCCAUUGCUCGCUCUUUGAAACGAGAACAUAAUAGCAUUACAGAUCCCACCCCUUAACAACCCUUCUAACUAAUAGACAAAACCUUCUCCAUUAAAGGGGCAUUGAUCUCACCACAUGGCGAACGUGGCAUGACUCGAACCUGCAAUAUUUGGAUUGGAGGUUCCACCAGGAUAUUUUCAAGGCGUUUUACCGGAAAUUUAUCAAAAAGUUCCACCAUGGAUACCUAUAGGAGUUCUACCGGCAAUUCCCGCAGAAGUUCCACUAGGAAUCUCUCUAAGAGAUCCACCAGAAGAUCAUCUAGAAGUUCCACUAGGAAUUACUCUAGAAGUUCUUAAGAUUUUUUACCAUGUUUCUCUCUACCAGGAGUUCCUCUAGCUAGAAGAUCAGCCAAGAUUUCCUUCAGUUGUUUCUCAGGAAAUUACUUCGAGAGAGAUUUUUUUCAUGAGCUGCUCCUUUUUUUUUACAUAGAUAAACAGAUUAUUGUCUAUACUCAAAGUCCAUGUGGAUACCUUGGUAUCCCGAUUACUUGUUUGGUUACAAAGUUAUUGCUUGCCUAAUGAACUUGUUGAAUCAGGUUCCCGGUGGCCACUGCUGUCUGAGAUUACAAUUCAAAUUACUCCUGGGAUUCCUUCAAUAAUUAUUCCUGUAAUUCCUGCAUGAAUUAUUCCUAGGAUUCCUCCCGAUGUUUUUCCUGUGAUUUAUUAAGGAAUUUAUGCAGUGAUUCCUUUUUGAAUUUCUCCACGGAAUUCUUAUGGAAUUUUUUGAAAGAAUCUUCCCAAAGUUCUUCCCCAGAUCUCUGCCGCAUUUUCUUUAUGAAUGUUUUCCCGUUAUCGCUUCCACAAAUCAUUCAGAAAAACUUCUCUGAACUCAGUUUGAAUGUUGUUUGAAGAGACUACAAAAGCAACACUUGAUGGACAUUCUUUUAAUUCGACAAUUGUUUUUAUCAGAUCCACUCUGAACUCAAAGAAUAUAUUAAACAACCAAGGACCUGGGAUCGAAUCCCACUUCCGACAAACUCACAAAAAUGCAGAAGUAAAGGUAAGUAAAGCGUGGGUCCCGAGAUGAACUAGCCUAGAACUAAACUGCCGUUCUACGCAUAAUUUUCCCAUGUUAUAUGGGAUUCCCAACAUAGGACAAUUAUGCGUAGGGCGGCAGGUUAAAUCUCGUUUCUUUAAAAAAAAAAAUAAAGGUAACCGAUAGAAAUAGAGAACAAGUAAAGUGUGACGGUUGUUCUGAGCUACGGUUUCGGCUAUACCGGUUAAUCUGAACAUACGUGUCGUAAUGAGUAGUCUUUAGCACAUCUAAAGGACUAGCGCCCUUGGCGGGGGCCAAUCCUCUACGGCCCUGAUCGUUGUUACCUAUAGAGACUCAUCUCCCAAGGCUGGUCCCCAUAUGAAAUGGAUGCACUUUAUAAACAUUGGCAACACGCGAACCUAUACACAACGGAACCAACCAACGAAGAACGAGUAAGCAAGCAAGCAUGCAAAUUGGAGCAUCACAACAAGAAAGACACCACCCGCAACUUGGCUUGGCUGGCUGCUGGCUGGCGUGAACCAACAUGCAAGCGAACCCAAAUUCACGGUCGUUCGGUCGGAUGCCUUCAGUUGCUGGCGCUGCUGCAGCAGCAGCAUUGGAUGACGCGGUGGCCUUUUUUGGGGUCCGCUAGGCGGCUGGCUGGGCUGAGCGGUGCUGGUUUUCAAGAGCACGAGCCACAAAAUUGCUUCAAUUGGUUUGUGUGUGAGGUGAGUGCGGCGGAGGUAUUAUUAUGGCAAUUAUUUCCACUUCGGAAAGCAAACGGUUCGGUAAAUGUCUGCUUGAGUGGCGGCCCUCUGAAGGGCGCCUCCCGUUUGACUUGGGGUUGAAUCGGUCGAAAGGUUUCGUUUUCGCAAAAGGUUAUGGAAAUAUAUGAAAAAAAAAAAUUGGCGAGAAGAGUUUACCUUUAGCAUUUCUUUUGGAGGCUUCAAGUUUGUAAUAACAUUCAUUCAACCGCACUUUCUUCUUCUUCUCUCGUGGCAUCCCAGCUGUGACAAAACCAGCAUCUCAGCAUAGUGAGUAAUUAAAAAAGAGCUUUUUGAAUAAGUCUUAAUGAAAGGCAUGAUAAUGAAUAGCAUUCCCGGAAGCCUGGAGCGAGAACUUCGCUUCACCUUUUGUUACAUUCGUCGAGUGUAGCACAAGCUGAGUAUUGUCCACUCAGUAACUCGCGAUGAAAUUCCAAACACUGUCAAGAAGUUUUCAGAGAGCCUAGAAAAGGGGGUUCCAAUGAACUUCAGGGGCAUUUCAGGGGGUUUCAGGAUCCUUUCGAGGGCGUUUCGGCAGGUUUCGUUGGCGUUCCACUAGAGUUGUGAGGAUUUCAGGAGCGUUUCAAUAGUUUUACGGAGCGUUUCAAGGCAUAUCAGAGUUUCAAGGGGUUUCAGGAACGUUUUAGGGGCGUUCCGAAACAUUUUGGAGGCCUGCGAUAGCUCCUCAGGGGCGUUUCAAGGGGUUUUCAGGUGUGUUUUAAAACAUUCCAAGAGAUUUUAGGGGCAUUUCAAGUUAAUUAUGGCGUUGGAUUAUUGAGGUUUCAGGGGCGCUUAAAGGCUUGAAAAGCGCUUCAAGGAUUAAUGGAUUACGGCGAUUUCAAGGGCGUUUCAAUAGGAUUAUGAAGGUUGAAGGGGCGUUUCAAGGCAUUUUAAUGGCGUUUCAAAGGGUUUUUAUGAAGGGGUCUCAGGAGUUUAAGGCCGUUCAGGGAUAUUUAAAAGGGAUAAUAGAACUUCAGGAGCAUAUCAAUAGUAUGAAGCACUCUCGAUACCUACUGGAAUCCUCCUGAAACCCCGUGAGACCCCCUGGAACUCCCUGAAAACCCCCUGACACCUCCAAGUAACCCUUACGAUACCCUCAAACAUUUCCGAAACAUCCCGAAAAGCCUCUCUUAACAAGGAUCCGUAUAUUCGCCUCAUUCUAUUCAUAUUUACUUAUCUUUACUGAAACGAGUCGAGAAAGAUGCAGAAAACAGUUUGUCCUGCUUGAACACGUAACCCCAUCACCAGUAGGAUGUGCAAGUUGCUUGACAUUGUUAUUCGUUGCUGUUCAUUCGUAGUUAGGAUCAUAAACUAUUUCUUCUUGUUUCACUUUCACUACUCUGGGAUAAGUUGGCACUGAAACUGACAAUAUCAGAGAUGCCUCUUUCUUUGAACAGCAAGCUAUUGUUUUGAAUAAUACUGAUGUGGGGAAAAGUGAAAUGGUCAUCUGAGUUCUUCACAGUAUUACUUGUAUCACUCACGAAUCGCAUCGCAUUGCAUGUGUAGUUUCCAACCAUUCACCGGAGUUUUCUAUCGUCCCUGAACCCUACGGAACCUACUGAAAUGCCCAGGAGGUCCGCCCCUGAGACCCCCUGGAACACCCAGAGACCUGCUGAAGCGUCCUUGACAUUCCCUGAGACCCAUCAGAUAUCAGAAGGCCGGCUCCAGAGGCACGUUAUCCUCCAUUUGGGACAUUUGUGCCAUCGCCAUACAUAUAAGCCUAUUUCAUCAUUUACCUGAGGGAGAAUGGGACAAGGGAUGGAAUGGGAUUAGGAAAGGGAAAAGUGAUGAAAUAGGGAGGGGUACCCUAGAAGAGGGAAUGAACGCAUAAGCACAAUGAGAGCUCGUAGCCCACCCAGUCAACCAGUGAUCGUAUAAGAUGUUGCAUCAGAUAAUAAAUUGGAGACGAUAUGCGUACAUUUUACAUGCGCCUAAAUGGAGGCAUGCACGCAUAUGGCACUUUAUCAUCUUAUGCAACAUCUUAUACGAUUACUGGUUGUCUGGGCAUACCACAAUGGGUUUAUUCAGUGCCCUGAAAAGGACAGUGUAAAACGCAUAAGCGUAAAGAGAGCCCAUAGCUCAUUGGAGGUAGCUUGUGCCGUCAUGCGACUUUCAAUAUGACAUUGAAAGGCACGUCAUCGAAAGCAUCCUCAAUAUUCAAGAAAUUACCGCGAAACCUACGUUUACGCGAGUACUUUCUUGAAAACAUACACAACUUUGUGUAAAAGAGUCACUGUGGACAUCUCAAAUUGGGAGACAUGUGAGUUCACAUGAACAGGCAUGUUAGCCAGACGAACAUCACAGAUGUGAUAAUCGACAAUGCGUUUCAAGCAUUUCAGAAAGAACGAGGUAACCAGAUAAAUCUGGAACUUAUUCCUUCUUUUUACAACGCACACACCCUUUCGGGAUAAAACUACAGAGUAAUUUCACGCCAUGAAAAUACCCAAUAGAAAACUACAAGAGUUCAAAACAUGUUUGAAAAACUCAAAUCCCUCUGGAGAAAAAUAGGACAAAGCCCCAUUUGCUCCAGGAGAUUUGAAGUAAGCAGAGCUUUUUAGUGCCCACUAAAUCGAUUCUAUAGCUACAAUCCUCGGGGUAGAAGCAAAGAUUCGUAGCUAUACAAAAGACUGGUUCAUCCGAAGAUAUUUAGAACUUGAACAAGUCCGAGUUCCAUUCAGGAAUACCUCUUGCGGUCCGCACAGACCGCACAGGACAAGCUUCUUUCAAAGCAGUAGCUAUGGUAUACCACAAUGAAGGGCGUUGUUAUAACAAAACCACAAUGAAACUCUCUUGGAGUAGCAAUGGAAGCGAGUUAUCCAUAAAAUAUGAUCGCAACCAAUUAGGUUCCCUAGUUUGUUGAGCAGGGACGCCUGAAUACGCAAAGUUUGCGAAGGAACACUCAAAAGUGCAAAGAAGGUCAAAUGGAAAUUCCUCAUCUGACACAUGCCAAUCAGUCAACUCAUGACAAAUUCUGCUCAUGCAGAGUUGGGUUAGGUGCAAUUCUAUGUUAAGUUAACCAUGAACUGUACUACCUAAGUAUUCCAUCAAACUGAAGCAUCUCAAAUCAAUGUUUGAGUUACUUCAGAUGCCAAAUAUCAGCAAAAAGAUGCUGAAAACAAGAGCUUGCUUGAAGGCAUCCAUAAGGAAAGGUUGAAAUAUACUGUUAACGUUAUUCUAAAAUAUAGCAUGCUAGAGGCACGACACUUCAUCUAUAAUGAAAAAAGCAAAGCUGGGUUCACAAGGUAACCUAUACAGAAGUUACCCUACGAAAAUGAACUUUUUGAAGUAGAUCCACUUGUAUCGUUGGUGUGUUCGACUGUUUUACGAAACUGUUUCGUGGUGGCUUGUCAGUCUUGACAAAAAUAAAACACUAUUUAUGUUAUUUUGUCCGACGUUUCGGUCCGUUUGGGACCUUCUUCAGGGACUCUGGAAAUGUAAAGACAUACAAAGCAGUCUGCCCGAAAAUGUAUGGCAAGCCAAAGGCGCACAAACCAGGAUUUCCGCUUCGACCCGUGGUCCCGUGUAUGACAGCCCCGUCGUACGAACUCUCGAAAUUCGUCAGCAAUAUCCUGAAAAUUUCAUUGACGAGUAAGUACAGCAUUAAGGAUUCCUUCUCUUUCUGCGAAUAUGUGAACUCCCUAGAACUGCCACAAGGAUACAUCCUGGUAUCGUUCGACGUGGUAGCACUGUUCACAUCCAUACCCAAGAGCCUAGUCAAACGAACCAUUUUUCGACACUGGGACGAGAUAAAGGAAAACACCCCCAUUUGUCUCGACCUUUUCUGGGAAGUUACGGAGUUUUGCAUCGAUUCCAGCUACUUUGUUUUCGAAGGGCAAUUCUAUCAGCAAAUCUUUGGCACGGCGAUGGGAAACCCUCUAUCGCCGAUAAUCGCCGAAUACGUGAUGGAAGACCUGCUGGAAAAUGCUCUUGCUAAGACCUCUGUGGCCAUUCCGUUCUUGAAGAAAUAUGUUGACGAUCUGUUUCUGGCCCUUCCUGCAGAAAAGAUACGUGAAGUGUUAGAUACGUUCAACCAACAGAACGAACACAUCCAAUUCACUGUGGAACGGGAAGAAAACAACCGACUACCGUUCCUCGACAUGAUGCUGGUUAGGCAGGAAAAUCAAACGGUGAGAACAGAAUGGUAUAAGAAGUCUAUCGCAUCUGGUAGAUUUCUAAAUUUCCACUCGAGACACCCAAUCAGCCUGAAAAUGAAUGUAGCCUACAACUUCGCUAAACGGGUGAUGAUGUUCUCCACAAACUCAACUCCGAGAACCAUCAAAACAACCAUCUUCUCUUUGUUACGUACGAAUGACUAUCCCACAAAUAUAAUCAAUCGCGUAAUAAACAGAGUGGUUGAAAGUCAGAACCAUGAACAAGCUAUGGAGGUGAGCAAUAAUGACGAAAACCAACAACAAACAGCAUAUUGCUCACUCACGAAUAUACAUGGACUGACACAAACCGUCACAAAAAUCCUUCGACGGGAGUACCCCGAUACAAAAAUAGCAUGUAAACAACACAAAAACAUAGGCUCGCUUCUUCCACUGGUCAAAGACAAAACCCCAAUGGAAGAACGCAGUAACGUUGUUUACCAAAUAGACUGCGAAAACUGCAAUGCGUGCUAUAUCGGGAUGACCACACAAAAAUUGAAGGCAAGGGUAUCCACACACAAGUCUAGCAUGAAAAAACUCCACACACUCCAACAGGCGGGACAUACACCCAGAGAUGCGGCGAUGAUGGAAAUAAUGGAGACGACUGCUCUAGUCAACCAUGCAGCCAGAGAGAGCCACAAGUUCAAGCUGGACCAGACGAAAAUCCUAGACACAACAAACAGGGGGAGAAACCUAUUGAUACUCGAGAGCUGCCACAUCAACAACACGCCGAACACGAUCAACAAACGAACGCACACGGACAACCUGCAUGUCACGUAUGCCGGGGUUCUGCAUUGGCUCCGAAACAACCAUCAGAGCCGAAGAAGUAGAAACGAAUGAGCAAAACAAACGAGCAAAACAAAUUGUAAACACACACACACUGUAGGGAAAUUAUUAGUCACUUACACCACCAAAACACGACAGUCCACACGAACACCACAAAGAUACACGGAAAGCAAUGGUGAUCGUUUGCGAAGUAGGUUCUAAAUUCCGGAGUGCUAAUUUUCGGAACGAGUUUCCCCCGAUAGGGCAUCCAAUUUGGCUGCGAUUGUGCGGGAGUAAGUACACCGAGACAAAUUGCGUGGGUGAAAAUUAAAAUUACGCACCACUUUUUGUAUCCGACAGAAAUUCGAACCAAAUCGACAGUUACAGGUUCUACCGAACCACACUGGACGAGAACACUGUAACUAUUGAGUCCCUGAAGAAGGUCCCAAACGGACCGAAACGUCGGACAAAAUAACAUAAAUAGUGUUUUAUUUUUGUCAAGACUGACAAGCCACCACGAAACAGUAGAUCCACUUGGGCUACAUACGCUUUUUACGCUGAAAAUUGAUCUGAGGUUUCCUAGACGUAGCCACUACCCAAACUAGACAAGAUUACACUCUUCACAAUCACAGCACAAAAAGGAAACAUCAACGACGAACCAAAUCGGUAUCAAUUGAAAAACGCCAAUGGCGAAAACGCAUUAAGCGAACUUAUGUAGGUAGUAAUGUAAGCUAAUUAACAACAUUUGAAUAACCCCGCCCUUAUUUAGCCUCAAAUUUGAGACUUAAGAAGGGCAAUUGAUUAUCUCGGAGAAACGCAAGGUCCACUGCACCAUUGCUCCGGUUAGCGCAGUAAGGGCGUAAUACUGUGGAGGACGCCAUAACUCUCCACAGGCUCCGUUUGUGGUUAGGUUUUUAUUAGACCCCCCCUAACCAUUCAUUCUUUGGCACGGUAAGCAUAAAGCCGCAUAACACCAUGAAUUAGGGAUCACCUGUUUAGUGGACUCUUACCACUGGAUCAGGCGAUCCGUAGUGUUAUUCUUAGCCAAUUGAGACAACCGCUACCGACACUACUCAGCUAUCUAGGCUGAUCGGGAAAAGAAGUUAACAUUGAUGGUCAACUUCCAAACGAACCCGAACAGCCGGUGAAGGGGGUUAUUUCAGGGGGUUUCACUAUCCUUUCUAGAACGUUUCGGCAGGUUUCGUUGGCGUUCCAAUAGAAUUGUGAGGAUUUCAUUAGCGUUUCAAUAGUUUUAUGGUGCGUUUCAAGGCAUAUCAGAGUUUCAAGGGGUUUCAGGAACGUUUUAAGGGCGUUCCGAAACAUUUUGGAGGCCUUCGAUGGCCUCUCAGGGGCGUUCAAGGGGUUCCUAUAUAUUGUUUCCUAUAUGUCUCUCCAGAGACCUGCUGAAGCGUCCUUGACAUUCUCUGAGACCCAUUAAAAUGCUCCCGAGACCCUCUAGAACAUUCCAGAGACCCAAUGAAGUGCCCCUAAAACACACUGGAAGCCUCUGGGACAUCCUGGUAUCUCCUGAAACCCUCUGGAACGCCCCGGAGGCCUCCACGAACCCCCUGAAUGUCCCGGGGGAACCCUUAAAAUGCUUUAAGAACCCCAGGGACGCCCUGAGACCCCCUGAAGCGCUCCAGAGAUCCCCUGAAAUACUCCUGAGAUCCCCUGGAACGACGCUGAGCCCCUAAGUCCACCUAAAACUGGGACCUCUGAAACACACCUAAGAUUCCUCAGCCAAGAGACCUCCAGAAACCCAUGGAAUCCUCUGGAACCCCCUGCAACGCUUUUCAGACCUUGAGGCCCCUUGAAGCGUUCUUCAAAUCCCCUUAAACGCAUUUGAGACCUCCUGGUUCCCCUGAAAUCCCCUAGAACCCACCUGGAAUUCCUUGAAAUAAUUUUUAUGCAGGGCAUUUAACCCUUCAGCGCGCGCGCUGUUGUAAAAAGUACAACACUGCCAAAAAUCCUCGCUCUUCGUAUACAGCGCGAGCGCGGUGCAGUUUCGGUUGUUUGAUGGCGCGCGUCCUGGAAGGUUAAAAAAGGACAUAACCUAAAAGUGCAUAGAUAGUUUUGUGGAAUGUCAGAGAUGCAAAAUAAACAAUAAAUAAAAAAAAAAACUACCACAUAAAACUCAGACGAAACUACUUGCUUUUGCACAUGCCCGAAUUAAACCAAAAUAAACCAUAAAUAAACCUCCAUGGCAUUUGGAUUGUGUGUGGUAAUUGUUGUUACUGAGAAUAGCCACAAAUCUCCACAAAUACCAUAAAAUUGGCGUUUAUUAGUAGAAAAAGGCCUAGGAAUCACCUUUAAUUGGUCAUGCGAUCAAUGGAUAUAAUGGAAAAUGAAAAAAAAAAACAAAUGUUUACAUUCUAAACAAAUAAACAAAUCACUUUACAUUCUUACCGUUGUUUAUACGAAAUAAAGGAUUCAUAUUCAUUGUCCUACAGAUGACAACAGAAGAAACGUUAC